UUUUCCCGAACACAUUGUAAGAGAAAGUUUUGUCUAAUGCAGCACAGGCACCAACAAACCACUCUUGGCUUUAGUAAUGUGACUACAUUACAGAAGAGAAAGCUUUCAUUGUUGGGGCAAGAGUUUGCCAGUGAAUCUCAUCAAUAAGCCCAAAGUCUAUACAUUGUGGAAGGAAAGUGUAGAGAAACAAAAUCAGUGAGGCUAUCGAGGAAAGGAAGUGUGUGAGAGAGAGAGUAGGCACAGGAAGGAUGAAAUGGGUGAGGGUGAGGAAAAUGAUUGUUCUGUUACCUCUAGUACCUCUAGAAUCAGUGCCAGAAACUGCCUCUUUAAUAAAUUUAAAAACUUUAUCUUAUCAAUUAGCAGGGCUAGGUAUUAGUUAAUGUCAGGAAGCAGAAUCUCUUGCUCUAGCAUAUCCAAAAUAAUGUUCACACUUUCUGAAAGCUACAAUUUCACUACCAGUUCUUCUGAACUGCAUAAACUGAUUCAUAAUGCUUUGAAUUCAAGACAAAUGGAGGGAACAGAAGUUUCUUCUGCAGGCUAAUUAAAUUCUAAUUUCCUAUUUUUAGAAGUGGAACUAGGAGCAAGUUCUUUCCUCCUCUAAAUGAAAGCUGCUUUACAUAGAGAACAAAGAUUCAUAAAAAAUUUAUAAAUCAAAGUCAAGUAUUAAGAUUACCUCCUCUCUUGGGGUACCUGGGUGGCUCAGUUGGUUAAGUGUCUGACUUUAGCUCAAGUCGUGAUCCCAUUGUUUUUGAACCCCACAUUGGGCUCUGUGUUGACAACAUGGAACCUGCUUGGGAUUCUCUCUCCUUCUCUCUCUUCCUCUCCCCAAAUUGUGCCUUCUCUCAUAAAUAAAUAAACUUUAAAAAUAUCCUAUAUUGUAUGAUCCCAUUCGUAUGAUAUGUUAUGAACAGGCAAAUCUAUAGGGACAGAAAGCAGAUUAGUGGUUGCCUACAGCUGGAGGGAGGGUAUAGGAUGGAGAGUGGCUAAAGGGUAACAGGUUUCUUUUUAGGGCAUGGUGUUCUGAGAUUAGACUGUGGUGAUAAUUGCACAACUCUGGAAAUAUACUAAAAACAAUUGCACUGUACACUUUAAAUGGGAAAACUCUCUGGUAUGUAAGUGAUAUGUCAAUAAUGCUAUUAAUAGCAGUGAUGAGAAUGGUUCUAGCAGCCUGUGUCCCAAGUUAGAUGGGCCUUCUGUCAUCUAUAAUAUGGGAGGGGGAAAGUGCAGUUCAAAUAGCUCAGGCACGGGUCGCUUGGGUGGCUCAGUCGGUUAAGUGUCUGACUUAGGCUCAGGUCAUGAUCUCACAGUUCAUGGGUUUGAGCCCCACAUCAGACUCUGUGCCGAAUGCUUGUUCAGAGCCUGGAGCCUGCUUCAGAUUCUUUGUCUCCUCUCUCUGCCCCUCCUCUGCUCAUGCUCUGUCUCAUUCUUUCUCUCAAAAAUAAAUGUAUAUUAAAAAAUUUCAAAUAGCUCAGGCAGAAAAUCUAAUGUGUUGCAAGAGCAGAAAAAAAGACUAGGUUUUCUUGCUUCAAGUUUUUCCAGAAAUCUGAACAGGAGGACUUGGGACUUGUGUAUUUAUAAAAAGAACUAUGUGUUUCCUGACUCUAAUGGAGAGUGGCCAGGCCUUCAGGAGCUCAGAUGCCCAGAUAAAAGCAACCAACCAAUUAUCUUCAAAGGUAUAACUAAAAACAAAUUUUGUUCUUAUGCAUCAAAUAACUCAUUUAUAGUUAAAUUUAAGCCAAUGCAUAGAAUUCAAACUGGAUCAGCCAAUUUUAUAUCAAAGGACUAUACAUUGUCCACUGGGGAAAAGGUCACUUACAAAACGGAGAUGUGAGAGAUGGCCCAGCCUCCCAGAGAUGAUUUCCCUGAAAAUCGUUACCAAUAAAAAUCAAGUAAAAAUUUACGUUGGAAUUCACUAUGAGAAAGGACAUAAAGACAUUUUAGCUUACAAACACUUUGUUCUGCUCAUCUCCUUUCUACCUCAAUUCCUGCUACCACUCCCAGGUCCACUGGUUAAUCUAACAACAUGGCUUUUCAAUCCCUAGAUAUUCACCUCUCCUCUGGCUCAAUCCUUAUGCCCUGGCCAUGUGCUGUACUUUUCUACCACCCCAAAUUGGUUCUUUAUAUGAAAUAAAAAUUUCAGAUAUCUCUCAGAAUAUAAUCCACUAUGUCUUUAACCCUCUCAUUCUGCUAUUCCUGUCACAUCUUGUCUUUACCUUAUUAGAAUCUUUAUUCCACGAUGCUUUUACUAUAUAUUAACUCCCUUCAUGUUCUAAUUUCUCUCCUGUUCAGCUGAUUCCCUGGUCUACCACUUCUAAUCAUCCUCAUGCCCAUAUUCUCUAUUCCCUUGUUCAAUUUUCCUUCACAAAAAUCACCUGAUGAAAAUCCACUCCAGAUGAAUAUAAUUGUCCCCUUCCUCUUCUGUCAUGUCAGGGAUGCUGCACUCUCUAAGUGGAAAGUUAGAGAAUUAUCACUACUAUCACACUAAUUUUAUCACAUCUACUUAAUUGGGCUUUCAAGACCAAGAAAUCAUUUUAUAUUUUCCUAAUCAGUUUUCUCUUCUAUUCUUCAUAACAACUACUUCAAACCUAGUUAUCUUACUUUAAAUUUCUCUCUCUACUACUUACUUACCCACCCCUUUCAGCAGAUAACUUGCUUAAUACCUUGCCAAGAAAAUAGAAUCUAUCAGAUAGGAAUUCUCUUAAAUUUCUGGCCCCAAACCUACACACUGGAUAGCAUUGGUACUUAUAAUGACCUUCUACCCAAGUCCAAUCCCUUCAUUUGUUUUCUGGAUCCUAUCUUUAACCACCUUCUAGGGGCUUCACUUUGAUUAAGUCUUCUCUUUUCUCCCUCUCUAUUGAAUACUACAAAUAAGCAUUUUAAAUAAGUUCAAAUUUCCCUAGGUUUAAAAAAAACCCUACUGAGUCUCAAGACUCCUCCAGAGACUAUCAAUUUUUUUUCUUUGGAGCUAAAUUUGAAAGGAUUGUCAUCUUUACUUCCUUAUCCUUCUCUCUUUUCAACCAAGUGCAAUCUGAUUUUCAUUGUGACCAUUCUAAACCGCUACUGUAAAAGUGGUUGAAGAUUUCUGUACAAGUUAGAUAAGGUUAUAUUGCUGAACAAAGCAGUACAAUUACAUAGUGGCUUGUAAAAGUGUGUAUCUCCUUAAAACAGUUCAAGUGUAAAUGAAUAGGUAUACGAGGCAGCUUUGCUCUUUACAGUCCUUUGUUCCAAGUAAUUGCUCCUACAUUUCCUACUGCAAUGUCAUAAUCUGCAUGACUGUAGCUGAGUCACUGCCACAUCUAGGUUCUAGCUGGCUGGGAGGGAAGAAACACAUCUAGAUGUCUUCUAUUCUAGACCUAGGAGUGGCAAACAAAAAUUCUAUUCACAAUGUUAGUGAGAACUUAAUUCAAUUGGCCAUGCCUAACUACAAGGGAGACUGGGACUGGCAUCUAUGAAUAGCCAAUGUGCCUGGGUACAGGGAACAGGUUCCCUGUUCUAUAAAGGGAACAGGUUUUGGCAGACAUCUAUUAGAAUCCUCCACAAUGACCAUCUUCUUAAUACAAGGAAUCAUUUCAACAUUCAUUUUUCUUGAGUUUACUGAAGCAUUUGCUACUAUUGAUCUUCCUCAUAUCCUUGAAAUGCUAUUUGCUUUUGGUUUCAUGAUUCUCGACUCUGAGCUGUCUUUGUCUUUUAAAAGAUACUUUAUUUCCUCUCUCUUCUAAUGAAGGUGUUUUUUUCAGACUUUUGCCUCUUCUGUUGUUACCUGACAUACUUUUGCUUGAUUAUCUUAGAAUUCUCAUGGUUUCAAUCACCAUAUACAUGCUGGUGAAACCCAAAGUCCAUAUCUACCCCAGUUUAUAUUCUAUAUAUAAUUACAUACAGCUCCACAUAGGGACAUGCAUGUGCGAACACUUACACAUAUCUUCCAAGGCAUUCAUGUUAGUAUCAGCAUGUACAAAAUUGACUUCAGCUUUUUCCACUUCAGUCUUUUGUUCUUCAGUGUUCUCUGUCUUAGGGAAUGACACAACUAACCAUCCAGUUGCCAAGUCCAGAAGUGUGUUAAUCAUCCUUGAUUCUUUCCUUUUUUUUCUCCACAUGCAACCUAUCAGUGACCAGAUCCUAAGUAUCUUUCUAAGCACCCUUCUUCUCUCCAUCCACACCAGCAUUACUCUUAAACAGGCUGCCACCAUCUCCUAACUCGUGUCUCUGAUUCCAGUCAUUCCUCCUGAAAUUGAUUCUCUAUACUUCCUUCAAACUGAUUUUUCAAAAAUGCAGAUGCAAUCAUGUUAAUCAAAUGUUUAAAACUCUACAUUGUGUAGAUGUGUACAUUUUCCAUAGGAUAAAAUUUUAAAUUCAUGCUAUAUCCUAUAUAGUAACUUGUGUCCUCACCCCACUCCCCCCACCCCUGCCAGUCUCCCUUUUUUUUUUAAACAACAAACAUUUAUUUCUCACAGUUAUGGAUGCUGGGAAGUCCAAGGUCAGGGUGUAAGCAGAUUCUGUCUGGUGAGUCCACUUCCUAGUGGUUCUCUUCUUGCUGUGUCUUCACAAGGGAGCUCUCUAGGAUCUCUUUUAUACGGUCACUAAUCCCACUCAUGAGAGCUCCAACCUAAUGACCAAAUCACCUCCCAAUGGCCUUACCUCUCCAAAUAACAUCAUACUGGGGAUUAGGUUUAAACAUGUGAAUUUGGGGGAACAAAAACAUUUAGUAUCAGUUUCCUUUAUAUUUUAAAUAUAAUUUAUUAUCAAGUUGGCUAACAAACAGUGUAUACAGUGUGCUCUUGGUUUGCGGGGGUUGGGGGGUAGAUUCCCAUGAUUCAUCGCUUACAUACAACACCCAGUGCUCCCCCCAGUCUCAUUUUUAAAUUAUCCCCUUCUAUGGUUUAAAGUUCAAGGCAUAUUUAACUUCUUUCUGUUCUUCAAAAGGUCUGCCGGAAACACUCCUUCUCCUGGCUAGCUCCUUCAGAUCACAACUUAUAGUUUACUACCUUAGGAAAGCUUUCACUGAUGUUCAAAAAUCUGGGCUAGAUUUUAUUUUUUAGUAGGUACUUAACUAGCACUUACUAGCAAUUUUGUAAAUAUUAAUUCAUUUGAUUCCUACUAUAAUAAUCCUAGGAGGUAAAUACCAUUAUCACCCCUAUUUUAUAGGUAAGGAAACAGAGAUACAUUACUUGUCUGAGACUGAAGAUAUUGAAUGGUAGAAGUAGGAUUCAAAUGUAAAUAUUUUGGUUCCAGAAUCCAUGUUCAUAUGCUAUGCUGCCUCCUAGGUACAAGAUGGCCCUUCUAGGUAUUUCUGUAUUACUCUUUACCUAUGAAUACAUUGUGAAAUAUUUUAAUAAUGUGUCUGCCAAAUUUUCAUCCAGUGAACUCCAUAAAGACAAGGACUAAAUCUAUUUUAUUUAUGCCACCUUCUUACAUGUAAAUUAAAUUUUUUAAAAUGUUUAUUUAUUUAUUUUGAGAAAGAGAAACAGAGCACAGGCAGGGGAGGGGCAGAGAGAGAGGGAGAGGAAGAAUCCUGAGAAGGCUCUACACUGUCAGUGCAGAGCCCGAUGUGGGGGCUGGAUCCUGCGAACUGUGAGAUCAUGACCUGAGCUGAAAUCAAGAGCUGGAGGCUUAACUGUGUGAGCCCAGGUGCCCCCACAUGUAUAUUUUUAAAAUAUGUGAGAAAAAGGUAAUGACAUUACUAACUAUAGUUAACUGAAUUCAAAAGUAUUUACAAGAGCAAAGGAGAUAAUAUAUUUGAAAUUCUCAAGAAAUGGCCUAAAUAAAAUAUUAUUUCUUCAAUUCAGGACAUCUUUCUUCCCAACCUCCCUUCAGUUCAAGACAUUUUAAUAGAGUCUUCUUGUCAGCAUUCAAAACAGCACUAAUUAAAUGCCCUGUAUAGACUUUGUUUGGAUCGUGAUUCAAACAAACCAACAGUAAAAAACAGUUUGGAGAAAAAUGAGGAAUACCAAACACAGACUGAGUAUAAAGUAUAUCAAGGAAUUAUUGCUAAAUUUGCUGGUUUUAAUAGUGGUAUUGUAUUUAUAUUUUAAAGCCUUUAUCUAUUAGAGACACUUGGUGAAGUAUUUAGAGGUAAAGAUAUAUGAUGUCUGGGAUUUGCUUUAAAAUACUCCAGAGGUAUUCAUGAAUUAUUUGUUCAAAGAAAACAAAAUUUUUUUUAAAAUUCAUGGAAACACAUGGUGGCGCUGUAGGAUAAGAUGAAAUCAGUGCAUGGACUACACUGUGGGCUCCAUUAUUCAGGGAACAGAGAACAUCCAAGCCACUGAGAAGAGAGGGAGUAAAGGAGCUUCAUCUACUAAAGCUGCUGGAGGACUAUAUACUCUCCGGGGGUGGGGGUGGGGGGGGUCUUAUUUUUUAAAAUUCAGCUUCAGCUUCCAAAAUUAGGGCUGAACUUAAAUUUUUCUACAAAAGAGGUUGCUGGAAGGAGCCAUGGAGAUCAAAGGGGUGCUCGCUCUGCAGAAAAGGCAAGUCCUGAUUCUCUUUGUUUUGCUGGGAUUAUCUCAGGCGGGUCCUGAAUCGGUGGGAUAUUCAGUGGCAGAGGAAACAGAAGUUGGUUCUUUUGUGGCAAAUCUUGCAAGGGAUCUAGGGCUUGGGGUGGAGGAGCUGUCCUCACGCGAGGCCCGGGUAGUGUCUGAUGAUAAUGAAAAGCACUUACAACUUGAUUUAUUGACGGGGGAUUUGCUCCUAAAUGAGAAACUGGACCGAGAAGAGCUCUGUGGCUUCACCGAGCCGUGUGUGCUACAUUUUCAGAUGGUAUUGGAAAAUCCUUUAGAGUUUUUUCGGGGUGAGCUGCAUGUCAAAGACAUAAAUGAUCACUCCCCUAUGUUUCUGGACAAGGAAAUACUUAUUAAAAUAUCAGAAAGUACCAGCAGUGGAACCACAUUCCUAAUGGAGAGUGCCCAAGAUUUGGAUGUAGGAACCAACAGUCUCCAAAACUACACACUUAGCCCUAAUUCUCAUUUCUACAUUAAAAUUCGAGACAGUGGUGAUGGAAAGAUAUACCCAGAACUGGUCCUGGACAGAGCAUUAGAUCAUGAGGAGGAGCCUGAGCUCACAUUAACACUCAUAGCACUGGAUGGUGGAUCUCCACCCAGGACUGGAACAACUUUGGUUCUCAUCAAGGUCUUGGACAUCAAUGACAAUGCCCCUGAGUUUGCUCAGAGGCUCUAUGAAGUACAUGUCCUGGAGGACACACCUGCUGGCUCCUGGAUUAUCACCAUUUCUGCUAAGGAUAUGGAUUCAGGAAAUUAUGGGAAAAUAUCAUACACAUUUUUGCAUGCAUCAGAAGAUAUUCGUAAAACAUUUGAAAUUAAUCCAAUAUCUGGGGAGGUUCAUUUGAGAUCAUGCCUGGAUUUUGAAGUAAUACAGUUCUACACUAUAAAUAUUCAGGCAACAGAUGGUGGGGGUCUUUCAGAAGAAUGCAGUCUUCUGGUUAAAGUAGUAGAUAUAAAUGAUAAUCCACCAGAAGUGACCAUUUCAUCAUUUACAAAGACAAUUCCAGAGAACGCCUCAGAGACUCUAGUUGCUCUUUUCAGCGUCCGAGACCAAGACGCUGGGGAUAAUGGGAGGAUGGUUUGCUCUAUUCAAGACGAGCUGCCUUUUUUUCUGAAACCAACCUUCAAGAACUUUUUCACUCUAGUUUCGGAAAAAGCACUGGACAGAGAGACAAGAUCUGAGUACAACAUCACCAUCACCGUCACCGACUUGGGGACCCCCAGGCUGAAAACGCAGCACAACAUAACCGUGACGGUCUCCGACGUCAACGACAACGCGCCCGCCUUCAGCCAAACCACCUACACCCUGCGCGUCCGCGAGAACAACAGCCCCGCCCUGCACAUCGGCAGCGUGAGCGCCACGGACAGGGACUCGGGCGCCAACGCCCAGGUCACCUACUCGCUGCUGCCGCCCGCGGACCCGCAGCUGCCCCUGGCCUCCCUGGUGUCCAUCAACGCGGACAACGGGCAGCUGUUCGCGCUCAGGUCCCUGGAUUACGAGGCGCUGCAGGCGUUCGAGUUCGGCGUGCGCGCGGCCGACCGCGGCUCGCCCGCGCUCAGCAGCCAGGCGCGGGUGCGCGUGCUGGUGCUGGACGACAACGACAACGCGCCCUUCGUGCUGUACCCGCCGCAGAACGGCUCUGCGCCCUGCACCGAGCUGGUGCCCAGGGCGGCCGAGGCGGGCUACCUGGUGACCAAGGUGGUGGCGGUGGACGGCGACUCGGGCCAGAACGCCUGGCUGUCGUACCAGCUGCUCAAGGCCACGGAGCCCGGGCUGUUCGGCGUGUGGGCGCACAACGGCGAGGUGCGCACGGCCCGGCUGCUGAGCGAGCGCGACGCCGUCAAGCACAGGCUGGUGGUGCUGGUCAAGGACAAUGGCGAGCCGCCGCGCUCGGCCAGCGUCACGCUGCACGUGCUGCUGGUGGACGGCUUCUCGCAGCCCUACCUGCCGCUCCCGGAGGUGGCGGCGGCCGAGGCGCGGGCAGACCCGCUCACCGUCUACUUGGUCGUGGCCUUGGCGUCCGUGUCGUCGCUCUUCCUGUUCUCGGUGCUGGUGUUCGUGGCGGUGCGGCUGUGCAGGCGGAGCCGGGCGGCGUCUACGGGUUGCUGCUCGGGGCCCGAGGGCCACUUUCCGGGCCACCUGGUGGACGUCAGCGGCACGGGGACCUUGUCGCAGAGCUACCAGUACGAGGUGUGUCUGACGGGAGACUCGGGGACCAAUGAGUUUAAAUUUCUGAAGCCAAUUAUCCCCAGCCUUCCAGUCCCUGACACUGGCAGGAAUAUAGGGGGAAAUGAGAACUUUAGGAAUAGCUUUGGAUUCAACAUUCGAUAAAAUUACUUUAAACUUUGAAUCUUUUGUUAUUCUUGACAAUCUGUGGAUACUUUUUGCCAGUCUAUAAUGAAUAUUAGGCUGUAUUAUAGUUGCAUGCACUAUCACUUCUUGCGCUCUCCUUAUAGUUGCUUUGAAAAUCUUUAUUAGUGGUCAUAAUGAAAUGGAAAUAUAAUCUGUGUUUUCUGUUUUUUUACACUUAUUUGGUCAUAAAUGUUAUAUUAACAGUUAUUAGAAUUUUUUGUUUUGGUAAUGGUGUUAUUUUGCAAGACAAUGUUACUAAUUAUUUGGAGGUACAAACUGAUGUAUUAAGAGUGAAUGCCCCUAUAUAUGUGAUUGACUACUAGACAUUACAUUAAAUCAUAAAGAAAAAAUAAAAAGUGCUGUUGGAUCUGGGUGGAGUCAUACUGGAUUUUAUUGCACUAUUCACUUUGCAGAGUUUCAUCAUAAAGUUUAAAAAAUGAUACUCCUCCAUAUUCAGUGCCUAGGAUACCUUAUUUGCUUGCUUUUUUAGUGUUUUUCAAGAAUUCACUUUAUGACAAAAUAAAAGUGACCACAUUGAAAAUUA